CCGUGACGUGUAGUAGCUGUAUAAUAUACCUUACACUCUGGUACUUCACCGUAACAUCAUCUCCCCCUGCUGGCGGGUGACUAUGUAUGCAGCUCCAGUGGAUUUAUCUUUUAAAAACAUCAGCAGUUUAACAGACACAUGGAUAGAGGAGCCCAACAGCGGUCUGCGGCCUGUAAAGAAAAAUUCAGAGAUGAAAUAUCUCAGCUGUUCGCUCCGCCUCAACAACAACAACAUCACUGAGCUUCAUGACCUCCAGAAGACUGUUAGCCAUUUCCUGGCUCAGCCGGCACAUCUAACCUGGUUGGAUCUUUCCUUCAACAAAAUCACACACAUAGACCACGUCUUGUGUGAGUUGCGUGAACUGCGUGUGUUGUACCUUCAUGGAAACAGCAUUUUUAUUCUGUCAGAGGUGGACAGGCUGGGAGUGCUACCACAUCUGCACACCAUCACUCUGCAUGGAAAUGUGAUAGAAACCAACAAGGCAUACAGGAAUCGUGUGAUUACCGUCCUGCCUCGGUUAAAGACGAUGGACUUCAGUGCCAUAACGCGACAGGAGCGAGUCUUGGCAAAGAUCUGGCACCAGAGCAACAGCCGCUGCAGGAGCAGCAAGGUUAACCAGUGACUGCUGGCUCAUCUCCAUCCAUAAACUGAUAUUCUUUACCUAUUUGUCAAGUGCACACUUUAUUAAGCAUGAAGCACACAUAAAGGGAUUAAUCCAAACACUGAAUAACCAUUUUUAAUAACCAUUAAAAAACUAGCUGUAUGAUCUGGCAUUGUAUGGAUGGCAAGCCAGUCCUUAUAUGCUAAGGGUAUAUGAGAAGGUGACUGAGAGCUGCAGAGAAAGCAGGAGGGUCACAGAGAGAAAAAUAAAAAAGAAGAGGGAGAGGCUCUGGGAAACAACGACCCUUUGAGCAUUAAUAUCAAGGGGUAUGUCACAAUUGCAGGAGCAAAUCUGCACCGAUUUAAUAUCUCUCCUUUUUCUCAAAAAAAAAAAAGAGCUUAUAUGUAUUGCAUUUUGUGUAGUAAUCUCUGAGUAGGUAUGAGCUCAAAACAGGCCAAAAAGUGACAAAAUUCAGCCUACUUCUGCUUACUAGCAGGGCCUAUAACUCAGGACUAAGUUUAAUAGUAAUUUUGCAUGGCUUUAUUAAAUAUACUAAAGUCAGUAUACAAAAAAAAGCAUAAAAAAGAGAGACACCUGACUUUUCUUUAAAUCGGUUAACUCAAGCGUGGCUGAUUGAUGAGGCCACUGAUAGUAACUGUUCUUCAGAAUUAGUAGUGUUGUAGUACAUUACUGUGUUCUUUAUCCAUAGAUCACAAAAUGUUGUCAUUCACAUCCAGAUAUCUGAUCAUUCAUGUGGGUUUUGGAAAUAUUUUAAUACUGUUUGCAACAAAGUUAAAUUAAAGAAAGUGCUGUUGACCA